AUGGAAGACGAAAAAGCCAGCUUUGGCCAUAUCGACCACGCCGCGGAGGAACAUGGCCUCCCGGACCCCUCCAAUGAAAAAGAAACCAUGACUCCCGCCCCUAAUGAUCCCCAGAACUGGUCCACCGCUGCCAAACUCACCACUUACCUGACCAUCUGCUUCUACACCUUCCUCGCCAAUGUCAACAGCAGCAACUUCACCGUCGCCACCAAGGCCAUCAUCGCCGAAUUCCACGUCUCCCAGACCCAAGCCGGCGAGCUCGUCUGCUUCAAUGUCUUCCUUUUCGGCGUCGGCAACAUUUUCUGGGUCCCACUGAUGCGUGUCAUCGGCAAACGUCCCGUCUAUCUCAUCUCCAUGCUCUUCCUGUCCAUGAUGAAUGUCUGGUCAUCUCGCGCCACCAGUUACGGCGAGCUGCUCGCCUCACGCAUCCUCUCCGGUUUCGCCGCAGCCGCAGCCGAUGCCACCGUCCCAGCCGUGGUCAGCGACAUGGUCGCUCCCCACGAACGCGGCCACUACCUGAUGAUCUUUCAUCUCGCUCUGACCGGUGGGCUUUUCCUCGGUCCUCUCAUUAACGCAUACCUGGUACAGGAUGAGAAUUGGCGUUGGAUGUGUUACUUCCUUGCUAUAGCAGUUGGAGCAGUCUUCGUGGUCGCCAUUUUCACGGUUCGCGAAACAACCUAUCUCAGGCGACAUGCCACUUCCCAGAAGACGAAAUACUGGGAUUGGCUUUCCAUCACACGGGGAUACAACCCGGAUGCAUCGUUCCUCCAAACUGUCUGGGACAUUCUCCGUAACGCGAUGUACCCUCAACUCCUAUGGUCGUCCUUCACCAUUGGAAUUUCAGUAGGAUGGAACAUCGUCGUCCAACUCACCGCAUCCCGCACCUUCACAGCCCCGCCCUACAACUGGCCCGCAGGCAGUAUCGGCCUCCUCUCCCUCUCCGGCUUCAUCGGCGCCCUUCUAGCCUUCUACCUCGGUGGACGUCUCAUCGACAUCCUCUCCACGUAUUAUACCCGACGACGCGGGGGCCAACGACUCCCGGAGUACCGACUCCCUGCCAUCAUCAUCCCCGGCACGAUCGGACCCGCGGGGAUCCUCAUCUUCGGACUGUGCGUGGCGAAUCAGACACACUGGGCUGGGGCGGCGGUAGGAUACGCCAUGCAGGCAUUUGGAGUGGCAGCUAUUUCUAAUGUGGCGGUCACGUAUUCGUUGGAUUGUUAUAAGCCGGUGAGUUUACCCCCUUGCAUGGUGGCGUUGGAUAGUGCGUGGUUGGCGGGAGAACAUGAACAUGACCAUAAACAUAAACAUGCUAACGAUUUUGGCGUUUCUCUGCUUCAGAUCACGGGUGAAGCUCUGGUGAUUAUUUUUGUGAUUCGGAAUACGAUCGGAAUGUUGUUGUCGCUGUAUGCGGCGGACUGGAUCGCAAAACAGGGCGCCGCGAAAGUGUUUGGAGAGAUGACAGCCAUUCAGGGGGCGAGUAUAUUGCUGGCGGUGCCGUUGUUUCUUUGGGGCGCUGGCCUACGCGAGGUGACGGGGCGGUAUGGGCCCAUGAAACGGUUUGUGGGAGUGUCUUAG